UCACAACACGUGAAUCUACAUUUUUUAUGAAUAUUUUGAAUCUUAAUUUCUUUAUGUUAAUAUUUGUUUGGUUUCUAAGUGUUUCAUAUAAAAUCUAACUAUAAUUAUUUACAAAUUUAGAAAUUUUGUUAAAAUGCAUCAAUUUAGUGAUGCAGAAGAUGACCAUUCCCCAUUAGUCAUCAAUAAAAAUGAAGAUAUAUCAAAAUUGUUUGGGGAAAUGACUUUUAACAAUUAUGAUCGUAAGUUAGUUAAUGAUCAAAAUACAUAUGAUAGUGAUUAUUCUGACAAUAGCAGUGAAGAUGAGGGACAAUUUGAUACUGGAUGUUACAGUAGAAAAGGUGCUAAUGAAAUUAAAGCUCAAAUCCAAUUUACUACUCCUAACCAACAAAACAAAAAUAUAAAAAUCAGUGAUUACCAACCAUCUGAAAAUCUAUUUAAAAAAUAUCUUGAUAAAGUUAACACAGAUCCAUAUGAAGGUCCUGUACUUACUCAUGAAGCAUCUAAUAAAUUAAUGGAAAGCUAUAAAAAAGCAGAUGCUAUGAGAUUUAGAAAUAAAGACAAGUGUGAUAGAGCUACAGCAGAACAAGUAAUGGAUCCAAGAACUCGAAUGAUACUUUUUAAAUUGCUUAAUAGAGGAAUGAUAGGACAAAUUGAUGGUUGUAUAUCUACAGGAAAGGAAGCAAAUGUGUAUCAUUCAACUUCUGGUGAUGGAAGCAAUCAUUAUGCUAUUAAAGUAUUUAAAACAUCAAUAUUGGUUUUCAAGGAUCGUGAUCGUUACGUUACUGGUGAAUUCAGAUUUAGACAUGGUUACUGUAGACAUAAUCCAAGGAAAAUGGUUCGUUUAUGGGCUGAAAAAGAAAUGCGUAAUCUUACUCGUAUGUACUCAGCUGGACUACCAGUACCUCAACCAAUUUUGUUAAGAUCGCAUGUUCUAAUGAUGUCUUUCAUAGGUAAAGAUGGUUGGCCUGCUCCAAAAUUAAAAGAUGCUCAUUUAACCACAUCUAAAGCAUGUCAACUCUAUAGAGAUUGCUUAAUAAUCAUGUGGAAAUUGUAUAACAUUUGUAAACUUGUACAUGCUGAUCUUAGUGAAUUUAACUUGUUGUACAAUAAUGGAGAAAUAGUUAUGAUUGAUGUAUCACAAGCUGUUGAACAUGAACAUCCAUUUGCUUUAGAAUUUCUUCGUAAAGAUUGUACAAACAUUUCAGAAUUUUUUCACCAUCAUGAUGUUGCUACUUUAUCAAUUAAAGCUUUAUUUGACUUUCUUACUGAUCCAACUAUUACAAUAGAUAAUAUGGAAAUUUGUCUUGAUCGACUACAAACCAAUAUGGUUAAUUUAGAUCCAUUAACAAACGAAGAAAUAGUGGAACAAGAAGUAUUUAAAAAUGCUUACAUUCCCAAAAAUCUUAAUGAGGUUGUUGAUUUUGAAAGAGAUAUCAGUUUAGUCAAAUCUGGUCAAAUCAGUGAUGAUUUGAUCUACCAAAAAAUUGUUGGUCUUAAAGAAGAUUUAUCUGGACCUCAAAAUACCCCAGCAAUAUUGGAAAAUGAUGAUUCCGAUAGUUCUAGUACUAUAUCAGAAGAAAAUAGUGUUGAUUUAGGUGAAAAAAGUAAAUUUUCUAGCUCAGCUAGACCAAAAAAUGAAGAUACUGAAAGCAAACGAUUACGAAAGAAACAAGUAAAAGAAGAAAAAGCAGAAAAGAGGAAGAUAAUUCAAACAAAAAUCAACAUGAGUGAAACUUCGAAAAUUUCUAGUGAAGAACAACCAAACAUUGAAGCAGUAAAGACAAAAAAAAAACGAAAUAGAAAUCGUAAAAACAAUGUUAAGGCAGAACAAAGCACUACGAAUGGAACCGUUGAGGAAACAACACUGCCAUCUACUAUUUCUAUCCAAGAUAUUCAAAAAGCUAUGGAAGUAUUCUCGCUUCAACAAAGGGCAGCUAAAACUCCUGAGGAAGCUUUGCAUAAACAGUAUCGUUUUUGGUAUACUCAACCAGUACCUAAAAUGAGUGAAACGAUUAUUAAUGAUGGUCCAAUUGAAGAAGAUAAAACUAUAGAUCAGAUAAGAAAAGAACCAUUUACUUUGCCUGAUGGUUUUCAAUGGGAUACUCUUAGUUUAGAAGAUCCUUUUGUGUUAAAAGAAUUGUAUACAUUAUUAAAUGAAAACUAUGUUGAAGAUGAAGAUAGCAUGUUUCGAUUUGAUUAUCAACCUCAUUUUUUGAAAUGGGCUCUUCAACCUCCUGGGUGGUUAAAAGAAUGGCAUGUUGGAGUCAGAGUUAUUAAAAGUAAUAAAUUAGUUGGUUUUAUAAGUGCCAUCCCAGCUUUGCUUAAAGUCUAUGAAAAAUCUCAAAAAAUGGUUGAAAUUAAUUUCCUUUGCGUUCAUAAAAAAUUGCGUAGUAAAAGAGUAGCUCCAGUUUUAAUUCGUGAAAUUACAAGAAGAGUGAAUCAAAUAGGUAUUUUUCAAGCUGUAUAUACAGCUGGAAUAGUUUUACCAAAACCUAUUGGAACUUGCAGAUAUUGGCAUCGUUCAUUAAACCCGAAAAAGUUAAUAGAUGUAAAGUUUUCACAUUUAAGUCGCAAUAUGACAAUGCAACGAACAUUAAAAUUACAUAAACUUCCUGAAUCAACACGUACUCCUGGAUUUCGAAAACUUACUGAAAAGGAUUUGCCUCAAGCUCGAAAACUACUUUCUAAUUAUAUGCAAUCUUUUGAUUUAUCUCCUAUGUUCUCUGAUGAAGAGUUUAAACAUUGGUUCUUGCCUCAGGAAGGCAUUAUCGAUGCCUAUGUUGUUGUAAACAAUAAUAAAAUUACUGAUUUAGUUAGUUUUUAUACACUUCCUUCUACUAUUAUGCAUCAUCCAACUUAUCGUACAUUAAAGGCUGCAUACUCUUUCUAUAAUGUUUCCACUAAAACUCCAUGGGUUGAUCUAAUGCAAGAUGCACUUAUUUCUGCUAGAAAUGCUAGUUUUGAUGUGUUUAAUGCACUAGAUCUAAUGGAUAAUAAAGAAUUUUUAGAGCCACUUAAAUUUGGAGUUGGAGAUGGAAACUUGCAAUAUUAUUUAUACAAUUGGAAAUGUCCAGAAAUAAAUAGUAAUAAGAUUGGAUUAAUACUUCAAUAAUAAUAAAACCAUCAAAUUAAGUUUGAAAAUGUUGCAUACAACUGAAUAAUUAAUCCCAACAACAAAUAUUUAAUAAUUUAAGGUUUAUUUAUAUA